CGUAUCCCUGCAGCAUCACGCUGCUCUUCUGCAGCACUAACACUCACAACACAACCUCGAGAGAGCGCUUCUCAGAAACACUCGUUACUUUACUAUCCUCCGCUCGCCUCGCAGGCUUGAACGACGAUGCUUUGAUUCGCAGCAGAUUCAUUUGGAUCAUUCUUCCUGAUUGUUUCGCCUAUCUAUAAACGCCAUUCAUCUACAGAGGACCGCGCGAAUUAUUCACAGAUCAGAAGAGAAACGCAUUGUUGUGUCUGAAGGCGGCUUUAGUGCAGCAUCGCAGGAUGGCUGAUGUCAGCGCAGAAUGCAACAUCAGGGUUCUGUGUCGCUUCAGACCCCUGAACCACUCCGAAACCCUCCGAGGGGACAAAUAUAUCCCCACAUUUCAAGGAGAUGACACUGUCAUCAUCGGGGGGAAGCCGUAUGUUUUUGACAAAGUCUUUCCCACGAAUUGCACACAGGAGCAGGUGUACAACACCUGUGCCAAACAGAUUGUCAAAGAUGUUCUGGACGGUUAUAACGGCACCAUCUUUGCGUACGGACAGACGUCAUCUGGUAAAACCUACACUAUGGAGGGAAAACUGCACGAUCCUGACGGAAGGGGAAUCAUCCCGAGGAUCGCUGAAGACAUUUUUAACCACAUUUACACCAUGGACGAAAACCUCGAGUUCCACAUUAAGGUUUCCUAUUUUGAAAUCUACAUGGAUAAAAUCCGUGACCUACUUGACGUGAGUAAGACAAAUCUGUCCGUGCAUGAAGACAAGAACCGAGUUCCCUAUGUGAAGGGCUGUACUGAACGUUUCGUCUCCAGUCCUGAAGAAGUGAUGGAUGUUAUUGAUGAAGGCAAAGCCAACCGCCACGUUGCUGUUACAAAUAUGAAUGAGCACAGCUCCAGAAGCCACAGCAUAUUCCUCAUCAACAUCAAGCAGGAGCACGUGGAGACCGAGCAGAAGCUCUGCGGGAAACUUUACCUGGUGGAUCUGGCCGGGAGCGAGAAGGUGAGUAAGACAGGUGCAGAAGGAGCCGUCCUGGAUGAAGCCAAGAACAUCAACAAGUCUCUGUCUGCGCUGGGGAAUGUCAUAUCAGCUCUGGCUGAAGGAACCAAGACUCACGUGCCGUACCGAGACAGUAAGAUGACGCGGAUCCUGCAGGACUCUCUGGGAGGAAACUGCAGAACCACCAUGUUCAUCUGCUGCUCACCUUCAGCCUUCAACGACGCCGAGACCAAAUCCACCCUGAUGUUCGGACAACGAGCAAAGACCAUCAAGAACACGGCGUCUGUGAACCUGGAGCUGACGGCAGAGCAGUGGAAGAGGAAAUAUGAGAAAGAGAAGGAGAAGAACAAGAACCUGAAAGAGAACAUCCAGAGACUGGAGGCGGAGCUUAACCACUGGCAUAACGGUGAGUUUGUCACGCCGCUGGAUCUCAUGGCUGUGAUUCCUGUUGAAUCUGAUGUCAGUGAAGACGCAGCUUUAGACAAUCAGAGCAAUGGCGCGUGUGAGCGAAUCCCAGAGGAACACAAGCUCAAAUAUGAGGAAGAGAUACGCAAACUCUACAAACAGCUCGACGACAAGACACUCACAGAUGAAGUCUCUGUGUGUUUCCAGCAUGAAGCGAAGAUCCGCUCUCUGACUGAAUACAUGCAGAACAUGGAGCUCAAGAAACGGCAGCUGGAGAACAACUAUGACUGUCUGAGUGAAGAACUCACCAAACUACAGACCGCAGAAAGUGCUCAGGAUAACCCGCUGGACACGGACGAGUCUGGAAACGGAAAGAAAGCAGACGCUCAGCGGGAGCCGCAGCACAAGCAGCUCGGCCGUCUGCGCGACGACAUCAACCACAAACAGAAGAUCAUCGACGAGCUCAAAGAUGAUAACCAGAGGCUGAGUCUGCAGCUGGAGCAGAGGAGCGUGGAGUUCAGCGUCCUGAAGAAGCGAGAGCAAGAGAAAAGCCGACAGCUGGAGGAGCUCAGAUUUCUGCAUGAACGUCAGGAGCAGACCAGGCAGGACAUGAAGGGUCUGGAGGAGACCGUCGCCCGUGAACUCCAGACGCUCCAUAACCUGAGGAAGCUGUUUGUUCAAGACCUGACGGCUCGAGUCAAACAGAGCUCUGAGCUGGAGCUGGAUGACAGCGGAGGCUGUUCCACACAGAAACAGAAGAUCUCCUUUCUCGAGAACAACCUGGAACAGCUCACAAAAGUUCACAAACAGCUGGUUCGUGAUAAUGCAGAUCUGCGCUGCGAGCUUCCGAAGCUGGAGAAGCGUCUUCGCUCCACGGCGGAUCGGGUUCGAGCGCUGGAGGGCGCGCUGACAGAAGCCAAAGAAGGAGCUAUGAAGGACCGCCGGCGCUACCAGCAGGAGGUCGAGCGAAUCAAAGACGCCAUGAGAGCCAGAAACGGCUUCAGACGGCCUCACGCUGCGCUCAUCGCCAAACCGAUUCGCCCAGGACAUUACCCCGCCUCCUUAUCCACCAAUCACAUGUUCACGCGCAGCAGGGAUCAGCCAAUCACGUUCAGCAAUGCCAUGUUCAACAGUGCCACUGAAAAACCACUGAAGAAGACGCUGUCAGAGGCCACACACAAACUCAACAUCACCAACGGAGAUGCCACAGAUGUGAAUGAGAACAGUGUGUGUCAGACCAUCUCCAGCACAAACACAAGCUUCAAGAGCAGCGCGCCGCCUGCUAAGCACACAGGCGAUCUGUUCUUCUGAGUCCUCCUCUGUAUAUUUGCAUGUUGCCUGCAGAUCCAGUGAUGAAUAUGAACCCGUCGGCUCACUCUAAUCUGUCAUGUAACCUCAGAUCCUUCAGCUUUCAGACGCUUCCACUGAACGACGUCAUGAGCAGAAGAGUAUAUAUAUGCCAGGCCAAGCAGCAAACGGCUCGUUCUCAGAAAACAACAGCAUUUCUGCCAGAACAUUUCAAUAACAUUUUCAUUUAGCAUCAUCUCUGCAAGAGUUUUCAGCAACAAAUGUGGGUUUUCAAUAAAUCAUUUUUCACAAGCCUUUAUACCAAUUACUACCUAUAUAUCACUCUUUUUGAAUGUAAUAAUUAUUAAGAAUUAGUCAAAAUUCAG